UAUACUGGUACUUAUACCACUGAACUGAUACUAAUUAAGACUGUCCUUAAUAUACCAAUACUCAUACUUACUUGAUCAUGAAAUAUAAUUCUGGCACAAGCAACACAAUAAACAUUUAAAUCAGUCAACAAAAUAGGAACUUUCUAUUAGUAGCCAAAAGUUGUGUUACAAAAUGGGUUGCAAAAUCAGGAAAAUGCCAACAACAAUGCCAAAAGCAAUAAAUUAUCCUUCGAAUGUGAAUAAACAUAAAGUCUUCACAAUUUUUUUAAGCCUAAACAGGACAUAUGGUUACUAGUACCACUCCACUGGUACAUGUACCACUCCACUGGUACACGUACCACUCCACUGGUACACGUACCACUCCACUGGUACACGUACCACUCCACUGGUACACGUACCACUCCACUGGUACAUGUACCAGUCCAUUGGUGCGUUUCCUCUGCCGCCUAGUGGUACCACCCUCACCUUCAGAUUCUGUCGCAGCUUUUACCACUGUUCACCACUGUUCAAACUCUCCACUUUCACUCCACUGGUACACGCACCACUCCACUGGUGCAUGUACCAGUCCAUUGGUGCGUUUCCUCUGCCGCCUAGUGGUACCACCCUCACCUUCAGAUUCUGUCGCCGCCACUUAGGGUUGAUCGAAUCUCUACCGUGGAAGGACGGUGGUCAACAGGAAAAGAUCAAGCGCAGGCCGUGGAUAAGAGGAAGUCGUUAGAAGGUGAUGUUUGGGAUGGAAGACGGAGGACGGCAGACGGCCGACGACAUGGAUGGUUGGACCUGUUGUAAGGGCGGCGGGGAUAUCCCCUGCGUGUUUUCCUCCUCCGACGAGCAACCCACCAGGCGGGUUGGAGGCGAUCCCACUGCGACGCUGCCCGAUGUUUCCGAUUGCGAAGGGUUGCGGCCGGGUUCUAAAGUCGAUGGUUCGGGACGAAAGACAGACGACUUCCGACGGGAGGGAUGGUUUACGGCGGCGAUUUGAUGAGUCGGCGGCGAAGGGUUGCUUGCGGGUUCUGAAUCCAGAGAUAUAGAAGGGGAAGGAAACUGAAACGGUGAAAUUAAAAAAAGGUAAGGGGGAAUGAAUAAUUAUGAGUGGGGGAAGGAACCCCCUAUUUACUUCUUUCUCUUUUUUGAUGUAAUUAAUUACUGAAUUAAUUACCAAUUAACAACUAUUUGCAAUGACCAUUAGAUUAAGACUAUCUAAAAUGGACGGUAAACAAAGUGGGUGUCGAAAAUCACUACCCCUUUAGGGGUAGUCAAGCUAACCGAACCCGGUAUAUAAUGAAUAGAGUUAGAUUAA